AUGGGAUUAUUCAAUAAGCGCAAAGAGCCAAACAACGCCACCGCAACCAGCGGUGGCGCCGUUUCGCCAAAGCAGCGCAGUGUCGCCCAGCCUUACUCCAUGUCCACCAAACCCAGUUUUGGUCAAUGGUUGAAGCUUACGUGGCUCGACAUUCUUACCAUGGCCAUCUUUGGUGCCAUUGGUCUCGGAGUCUACAUGGCUCAUCCAGCACCCAACCGAUCCUUCGCGGUUACCUUCUCCGACCGUGAGGUUGUGUACCCGGAAUUCGCCUACCCACUCCGGAAGGAAAUUGUUCCCAUAUGGGCCGCCGCUUUGCUCGCAGCUUUGGUCCCCAUCGUCGUCAUCCUCUUCAUGCAGAUUCGCAUCCGCUCGUUUUGGGACGUGAACAACGGCAUUAUCGGCCUUCUCUACUCCCUCAUCGGCGCUGCGGUCUUCCAGGUUUUUGUGAAGUGGCUCAUCGGUGGACUUCGACCUCACUUUCUGGAUGUCUGCAAGCCAGAUAUCUCGCUUGCCACCUCCCAAGCUGCGAGGAAAGGAUACAACGCGGCAGGGUUCAAUAGCAUCUACUUCACCCGCGAGAUUUGCACAGGGGAUAUAAACGAGAUCGAUGACUCGCUCGAGUCUAUGCCGUCUGGCCACACCACCGCUGCUUUCGCCGGCUUCGUCUACCUGUAUCUGUACCUCAAUGCUAAGAUGAAGGUUUUCGCCAACUACCACCCGGCAAUGUGGAAGCUGAUCGCCCUCUACGCUCCCAUCCUCGGCGCUGUGCUUAUCGGAGGAGCAUUGACCAUCGAUGAAUAUCACAAUUGGUACGACGUGUUCGCCGGCGCCGCCAUUGGCACCGUAUUUGCGUUUUCGGCGUAUCGCAUGGUGUACUGUGCCAUUUGGGACUUCCGCUUCAAUCACAUUCCCUUGAACCGUGGACAACCUGCCUUGUUCAACGACGGCAUGGAGUUGUCUCACGCCGUUUGGACCCGCAAGGUCGGCUGGGGUGUCGACCAUGGUAUGGGCGGAAAGCAUGGUCAUGGCCAUGGACAUAGCGGUGCCGGCAAUGGCUACGACACUGGGUACGGCGCCGGUCCCGGUACUGGAGUUCCGCGCAGACCUGUUGGAUCCAACGGUGCUGACCACAUGGUAUAA